AGCAGCCGCAUUGUCGGCAUCAGCAUUCGAACAUGGCCGCUGUCUUCACAAAAUUUUCCGGCUCCUGCAAACAAAUCUUUGGCUGUAGCUACCCGUGGAAACAUGCUACGCACGCACAGUACACAAGGCUCGCCGAAGUCGGCCGCCUGGAAACGCCGAAACUCGAAGGCAAAUACGACACCGGUCAGCUCUUCCUGCAUCGAAUAUUUGGAUACCGAGGAAUCACACUAUUCCCAUGGAUGGCCAGAGUUUACGAUCGUGACAUACCCAGCAAAAAGAACUCGGAGGGAUCAGAGGAGGGCAGCGACGGCUUCAACCACGUUGGUCGUGAGGUGAAGGGCAAGACCCACACAUACUACCAAGUUCUCAUCGACUCCAGAGACUGUCCGUAUGUGCGGACACAGACGGAGGCAGUGACGUUUCUAGGAAAUCAGGACAACAGCCGCUCCCUUUACGCCAUCCCAGGGCUGGAUUACGUCGGCCACGACGACAUCCUGCCUUACACGUCCACCGAGAAGCAGCCGUUGCAUCACGAGCUCUUCGACAAAUUCCUCGUCUGUGAGCCCGACAAAGACCCCCCAUUCUCGGCCAAGGACACUCUGCGUGCUUGGCAGGAGAAGAAUCACCCGUGGCUUGAGCUGUCGGACGUGCACCGGGAGACGACCGAAGGCGUGCGAGUCACUGUCAUUCCCUUCUACAUGGGUUGCCGCGUCGCACAGAGCAGCACUGUCUACUGGUGGCGCUAUUGCAUCCGGCUGGAGAACCUGGGUGACCUAGCAGUGCAGCUACGGGAACGUCACUGGCGCAUCUUCAGCUUAUCGGGAACCCUGGAGACGGUCCGUGGUCGGGGCGUCGUUGGGCAGGAGCCAAUCCUAUCAAAGUCGCAACCAGCAUUUCAGUACAGCAGUCACGUGAGCCUGCAAGCGCCAAGUGGGCAUAUGUGGGGCACGUUUCGGAUGGAGCGAGAGGACGGCUUCACAUUCGACUGUCGGAUUCCUCCAUUCUCGCUCGAAAGCAAGCAGGAGCAGAGCCCACAGCCGGCAGCCGUCUAGUCACUCGCCGUAUCCCAUUGGCCAUACCGAGGCCAGUCGCUGUGCCCUGCCACACACACGCACACACACGAAGCAAACCUGCUUAACGUGAUGCCAUGAACCGAAGUCGUGCAAGAGGAGCGCUUGGGUCUCCUCCAGAGCUAUCUCGAAGACAGCUAGCAAAUUCAGGGCUUGAGGAGGGCUUCGUACAUGGCUCUGCUUGCUAGAAGCACUAAUGCAGAGUCUAGUUCUUGCACGAACAAACCUGUGGCUCGACCCUGCUACAGCUGUGAAUAUUGUUGGUUGAGCAACACACGAUGGACUUCCAGAAGACUGCUGCGCAAUGUCUCAUUCAGCCGUGGGUAUCACUCUGGACAGGGCCAAGCUGUCGUACUCGAGGUGGACUGUUUAUUGCAUAGUUGGACGGCGUGCCAGUGCUAGUGGCUUUUGUAGCCGUUUUAUUUUGUUCGAAAUUUGCAGUUGAUGUUAUUUUUUAGGAAUGAAAGAUCUUGUUUUUCUUCAGACAAGGAGGCUGUUUUUGCCUUGCUUGCAUGAGUUGAUUGUUACGAAGAAUAGAGUUCAUGAAAGAGUAAAAGUAAAAGAGAGCCAGUUUACA